CGAUGCCCAGCGUUGUAGAAGCAAGCCAAUGCAAAGCAAUCCAUUUGAGCUUCACAAAACUCGUACUCCAACGUGUUCUCCUCUCUCAAGUGUGUGUCCGUCUGCUAGUAACCCACAGCACCGUUUCUCGCGGGAGGCAUUUCAUAUACACGCCAUUAACACGUACAGUACAGACAUCCUUCAACGACAAUCAUGUCCGGCGCUCAAGAGCAAGGGCUGAAGCUGCUGGUGCCGCUGAGCGGCGUGAGCAUAUACGCCAUCCGCGUCCAGAUGGCGCUUGCCAUGAAGGGUCUGCCCUACGACUACCUCCCCGAGGACCCCGGGUGCAAGAGCGACCUACUCCUCGCGUCCAACCCCGUGCACAAGACGCUGCCCGUCCUCAUCCACGGCGGCAGGCCCAUCUGCGAGUCGCUGAUCAUCGUGGAGUACCUUGACGACGCAUUCCCCGGCAACGGCGCCUCCAUCCUCCCCACCGACCCCUACCGCCGCGCCGUUGCCCGCUUCUGGGCCGACUAUAUCGAUAACAUGAUGUUCCCUUCGUGCAUCGGCAUUCUCAAUACGGCGAAGCAGCAGGAAAGAGCUGACAAGGUGGAGGAGACCUUGACAGCGUUCGGGCUCCUAGAGGCCGCCUUGGCGGAGUGUUCCAAAGAAGGCGAGGCGGAGGCGCCGUUCUUCGGUGGUGGCUCCAUCGGGUUCCUGGACAUCGCGCUCGGGUGCUAUAUUCCCUGGUUCGAAGCAAUAGGCCGCCUUGCUGGCAUGCCGCCGUUCCUAGACGCAGCGAGGACACCAAAGCUUGCCGCCUGGACGGGGCGGUUCAGGGCCGCCAAGCCGGUCAUUGCCCUGCUGACUGUGGUGGACAAGGUGGAGGAGUACAUCACAUCGGUGCUUUAUCCAAAGUGGAAUGCUUCGCUCACCAUGCCGUCAACUAACUAGAGGUCGCGUCGUCAUGGUUUCGCCCGUCGUUCCACUGCCGCUGCUGUGCUCGCCUUGUGAUCAAUUCGGUCGUUAGUGUCUCGUCGUCAAGUCACCCUGUUUUCACGACGGUGUGCAUGCGUGCACUGUGUUCGAUCCGAGUUGCUGUUUCUUGAAUAAAUCAAGGCCACUGCUAGCCGUAAACCGGCUGAUGUUAGGGAUUUUUAAA